AUGCCUAAGAGAACAACCCUUACUGCAGAACAGAAAAAUGAACUUUGUGCCUACGCUCUCGACAAAAGCACAAUUUCACGUAUCUUGAAGACAUCUGAGGAACGACUUGGCAAUGGAAUCAGUAAUUCUAAAACAAAGCGUCACAGAGCUGUUACCUAUCCAGAACUUGAUCUCGCCCUUAAAGAGUUCGUGCUGAUUUAUCAGCAUCGAACAGUUUUAACCGAUGCUUUACUUGUCAAAAAAGUAAAGAAUCAAAAUGGUAUUCGUCUACAACAGCUUCAAGAAGAAGCCGUAUCCGCUGACAUG